UCCAAAGCCGUCCAUCUUUUUAUUUUUUAAUGACGACAAUAAACUAAAAUAUCAAGCAAAUUCGAAUAAUAAAGAAGAAACGAACUUGAUAUAAUAGGUUUUUUACUAUUGAUGACCAUAUAAGUCAUCGUAAGCCAACUAAUAGCAUUUAGAGAGCAUGGCUAAGCAUCAUCCGGAUUUAAUUUUCUGUCGUAAACAGCCGGGAGUUGCUAUCGGUCGACUGUGCGAGAAAUGUGAUGGCAAAUGUGUUAUUUGCGAUUCUUAUGUCAGACCUUGCACAUUAGUUAGGAUAUGCGACGAGUGCAAUUAUGGUUCUUAUCAGGGACGUUGUGUGAUAUGCGGUGGUCCUGGUGUAUCUGAUGCAUACUACUGUAAAGAAUGUACAAUACAAGAGAAAGAUAGAGAUGGUUGCCCUAAAAUAGUUAAUUUAGGAAGCUCAAAGACAGAUCUCUUCUAUGAAAGAAAGAAAUAUGGAUUUAAAAGAAGAUAAUCUUAUCAUGUUAAAAUACUACUUUUUUGUAGAAUUCUUGCUAAACACAUUGAGCAUCAGGUAAUUUAUUACUUUUAUAAGAAUACAAUCGCAGAGAGCUCAACAAUUUUGUUGUCAUAUAAAUAACUAUGCCAUAGUAUUGCUAAACAUUAUUCCAAUAAAUGUGAAAUUCUAUUUACAUAGUUUAUUAUAUUAAAUUUCAGUAAACAAGGUAUUUUACUUUUGUAUAUCACUAUUGUAAGCAUAAUUUGCUAAUAUAA